GUGCUCCUGUUGGGGGGAGAGAGAGAGAGAGAGAGAGGCGUCUGUGGCCGUGGUUUUGUUUCCAAUCAGAGUCAGUCAGCCCAUGAACUCACGGUAAUAUUCAACUUUUAGCGCAGGAUUGCCAGUGAACUAGCUGUAUUCUCGAAGCUCAGCUCUGCAUACAAUGUCUAGAGGAAAGAUCUGCAGCCUCGAGUGGAUUAAUCGAACACUUAGAAGAGGUGUCUUAGCUACCAAGCUACAAUAUUGCUCGAGGAAUGCAAUAGGCGUGCAAACAGCUAGUGAUGCCAGUAUCAAUGGUGAUCAAGAAGAGCAUGACCUUUGCAACUGGGAUGAGCUUAAAUUUAGUUUCAUUCCAACUGAUUACAUGUACGUGAUGAAAUGCUCUAGUGGGGAGAGUGCAUUUUCACAAGGCCAUCUAACUCGCUAUGGAAACGUCGAGCUGAGCCCUUCCUCUGGAGUUCUAAAUUAUGGACAAGGGUUAAUUGAAGGCUUAAAGGCAUAUAGAGGUGAUGAUAACCGUAUUCGACUCUUCCGGCCAGAACAAAAUGCUCUACGCAUGCAAAUGGGGGCGGAAAGAAUGUGCAUGCCAUCACCAACUGCUGAGCAAUUUGUUAGUUCAAUAAAGCAAACUGCUUUGGCCAAUAAAAGAUGGGUACCUCCUCCAGGAAGAGGAUCGCUCUAUAUUAGGCCCUUGCUCCUGGGAACAGGGCCAAUUCUAGGUGUGGCGCCAUCUCCAGAAUACACCUUCCUAGCAUAUGCUUCUCCAGUUGGCAACUAUUUCAAUGGUCCCAUGCACUUCUCUGUUGAAGAUAAGGUCUAUCGAGCAAUUCCUGGAGGAACUGGUGGCAUUAAAUCUAUCACUAACUAUUCGCCUAUUUACAAGGCAAUCACUCAAGCAAAGGCCAAAGGCUUCACCGAUGCUAUAUUCCUUGAUGCAGCCACCGGCAAAAAUAUAGAGGAGGCUACUGCAUGUAAUAUCUUUGUUGUGAAGGGAAAUGUCAUCUCAACUCCUCCAAUAGCGGGAACUAUUUUGCCUGGAAUCACAAGAAAAACCAUCAUUGAAGUUGCUUCCUGGCUCGGAUAUCAAAUUGAGGAACGUGCUAUUCCACUGGAGGAGUUGAUAAAUGCUGAUGAAGCUUUCUGCACAGGAACUGCAAUAGCAAUUAAACCCGUUGGCAGUGUAACCUAUCAGGGACACAGGGUUGAAUAUAAAACAGGCGAGGGUAAUGUAUCUGAGAAACUAUGUACAACAUUGACAGGAAUUCAAACUGGUCGCAUUGAGGACACUAUGGGAUGGGUCGUGGAGAUUGAAUAAGCCUUUUCUUUUUCUGUUUCGUGUGUAGCAAGCAAUUGCAUGUGCUGGAACAAGCGACUUAAGUGCGACCAUAGUUAAUUUCUUUUAGUCUCCAAAAUCUUUACAAAAGAAAUGGCGACCAGAAUCAAGACUGCAAUAAUAUUUCUGGGAGCUCUUGAAUUUCCAGUUCCAUAA